GGCCCUGUUGCAUAGCAGCAGCCUAGAGAGGGGAGGGAGUGAUGGAACUGAGCAGGCUCAUGUAUAAAGCAGGAAUAAAGACUCAAACAGCCUUCAACGAACCUAGGAAGUUUCAUUGUUACAGACACAGCAGCCAGGGGGGGCAUACCUAAUAGGAAUUAGAAAAAACAAGCCAUCGAAAGAAAAGCAUCGAUGGUUAUGAAACAUCGGUAAUCGAUGUCCAUCCCUACAAUAAAGUUGGUUGAAAAGACAUCUGACAGUAAACAAACAUGGCGACUCCCAGAGCGAGAGAGAACGUAUAACUGGGGAUCCCUGUAUCCUGCAUAUCCGGGGAUUGUGUUUAUGUACCGUAUACAGUGGCAGGGAUGGCGGGGUUAAUGGAAGACAGUGAUGAGUACCGGGGAGUGAGGAUCGUCGGCUCGGAGUUAGUGGACAAUUACACGGUAUAUGUUAUUGAGGUUUACAGUGGUAUUUAUAAUUGGAAAGUAAAGCAUCGUUACAGUGACUUCUAUGAUCUUCAUGAAAAGCUUACGGCAGAGAACCAAAUAGAGUGGAACUUGCUGCCUCCUAAGAAGAUUAUCGGAAAGAAUUCCAAAAGCUUGGUGGAACGAAGAGAGAAGGAUCUGGAGAUCUAUCUACAAGCCCUGCUUGCAAAGUUUCCUGUCACUGUACCAAGAGCUUUGUCGCAUUUUUUGCACUUUCAUUUAUAUGAUAUCCAUGGAAUAGCAGCUGUUCUGGCCGAGGAGCUUUAUCACAAUGGUGAGCAGUUACUUGUAGCAGGAGAAGUGUUCCAUAUGAGGCCUCUGCAGCUGUACGCUGUGACACAGUUACUGCGACACACCAAACCUACAUGUAUCAAUGGAGAUGCCAAAACCGACCUGGGACAUAUUCUUGACUUUACAUGUAGACUCAAAUAUUUAAAGAUCAGCGGUACAAGAGGUCCUGUAGGAACCAGCAAUAUACAAGAGCACUUACUGCCGUAUGACCUGUCUGUAUUUAAAUCACUUUGUCAAAUAGAGAUCUCUCAUUCUGAUGCAAAACUCAUUAAAGGAUUCACUUCUUGCAAGAAGGCCCUGGCAACCAUGACUGUUCAGUAUUCAACAUCAUCAAUGAAGGAAAUAUUAGUGCCUGAAGCUCUUGAAUUCGAUCAUUGGGAGGCAGAAGGUACGUCAUCGGACUGUCCUAUUACAGCUGUGGUUCCAAAAUGGAGUACCCUCACUACUGUGGAUAUGAGCCACAAUCACAUCGCUUCUAUUGAUGAUUCAGUGAAACUUACUCCACAAAUAGAAUUUAUGGCCUUGAGUCACAAUAAUAUAUCCUCAAUUGAGAAUCUACAGCACCUGUACAAUCUUAUUCACUUGGACCUGUCCUACAACAAGCUCUCUGCACUGGAAGGCGUCCACUCCAAGAUUGGAAAUAUCAAAACUUUAAAUUUAUCAGGAAAUCUCCUUGAGAGCCUCAGAGGCCUUCAUAAGUUAUAUUCUCUUGUCAACCUGGAUCUGAGCAACAACAACAUCAAGCAGGUUGAAGAAAUACAAAAUAUAGGGAACCUCCCGUGUUUGGAAAAUGUGACUUUGACCGAAAACCCUCUGACAAUUAUUCCCGAUUAUAGAACCAAAGUUCUUGCACAAUUUGGAGAUCGAGCUGCUGAGGUUUGUUUGGACAACACCAACACAACUGAAAGGGAGCUGGAUACAGUGGAAGUGCUGAAGGCCAUCCAAAAAGCAAAGGAAGCAAAAAAUAAAUUGAACAAUGCUGAUAAAAAGAUGAGUGAGGACUUCCAGCUCCCUACUGCCAGCUCCUCUUUCCCUGCAAACGCUCCCUCUUCUCCUCUCUAUCGGCCUGUUAUCUCCAGUCAAGAUCAGUCCUCAGUCAGCAGAUUCUCCACUAGCUUGACUCACAUUGACCGGUCAAGUUCACAGCGAAAAUGCAGCAUUCAACAUUCUGUCCAUGAUGGGGGACACAAUAGAGAGCUAACUACACCUGAUGAUGUUUCACAAGACACCAACAAAAAUCUUCACUUCAGCGUGUUUAACGUAGAAGAGGAAUCCACUAAAGUAUUAAACCUUCACAAGUCCCUUUUUCCUGUUCCUUGUGUUUCAUAUUAUUACACUGAUCAAGAUUGCAUUCCUUACUUCUCUACGUCAAUUGCCCAUGUAUUAAAACAGAAGCAGCAUCUAGUUGGGAUAGACGACACCAGGGAUAAUCCGAGUGAAGAGUCCAGAAGUUGUGAGCCUGGGGAUGGCUACUUUGAAAUGGGGCUCCAUGAGAGAGAGCACAAUGUUGAGUGGACCUUUUCAGAUGGACCUCUCUCACCUCUCCAGGACACACAUGUCAGUAUUAAACGGGUACUCUGGAACUUCUCAAUUCACCUUCAGGGAGACUCUCAUUCUAAACCAUUUUCUUCAUGCCUUGUGCUAACUGAUGCCUUGAUUGCCUUGUUUGAGGUCAAUGGUGAGGAACUAAAGCAGCCUCAUGUUUUCCUUCCUCCUUCCAUGAAACUAAUCAGUUAUUUUUAUUAUGGAGACUUAACUGAAUUCACAUUCCUAGUACCAGAGACCUGCUUAGCUCUAAAUGUGAGAAAUGGGGAAGAGUGUUUGUUUGUUCUAACAGAUUCUCAAAACUUGAAAGACUUUUAUGAUUGUUUAUAUCUACAGUGCUCUGAAAACUCUAUCUCUAUGCCCUUUAUCUCACCCCCAGUGUGUGGGGCGGACAUCCAAGGGUUCUUUCAACAUCUCAUUGAAGAACAACAAAUCCAUUUAUCAGACUGUGAAGUUAAAGGGUGUUUUCCAGUCUGUCUCUUUUACUGUGAUGAAGACAAUGCUGGACAGUCCACUGUCCUGUUUGAGAAGACCAGAUGGGCCACAGAUUUCCGUUCUGCAACUUUUUAUUCCACAAACAGCUCUGAACAAAAUACUGAUGAAUCAUUUCCAGUUUGGUUGUUUCUCACACAUCAAGAUGUUCUCAUAAUCAGAAUUGAUUUCCGUAUGAUGUUCAUGAAUAAAAGAUUGUCUGGUUAUUUACAAAACGCUUUCAGAUUAAGCAAGAUUCCACUUGCCUCUGUGGUUGUACAUCCCAUGCGCCAGUCUACUGAUGAUAAGCAGACACUUCCAGAAAGUCAUGCCAUCCAGUUAAUUUUGGAUUCUACAUGUGUUACUGCUUUCUUUGUCUUACCUAAGGACAAAUUUCACUUUCUAUCAAUGUAUAAGUUAUUGAGGACUUCCCUUCAAGAUAUUAAAAAUAUAGUCAUUUUUAAGUCUUUAAUCUGCUUGAAGUCCACACAAAGUAGUCUUCUAGAAGUGAACAAAACCACACCAGAGACUGUUAGAGAUGUUAAACCUCAACUGGCAUUACCUACAUUGUACCCCACUGAGAGCCUAUUUCAGAAAUUAUCUGAUGAGAAUCAGAUUCCAUUCCACCUGGCGGCGUCUGUGCCACUUCGCUUUAUUUCUGCUCUCAGUGGCCGAAGCAUUGUGGAAUUCUUCCAUAACAGCAUCUCUGAGGUUGAAAGUGAGGAGUUACGGUACCUCCUGUGGUCGCCAGUGACAUUUUACCAAAUGCCAGACUCAGAAAUGACGUCAUGCGUUUUGCUGUCUACAAAAGCAAUCUAUUUUGUGCUGGAUGACACCUAUAGAAGCUUAAAUCAGACACCACAGGAUUACUGCAGCCAAGACAAAGCAGGUUCCGAAUGCCAUCUCUUUUACCCUUGUCGCUGCAUUGGGAUCUUGUUUAGCGAUCUGCAGUCCGUAAACAUUGGUCUCUUCGAUCAGUUCUUUAGAAUAACAGGUCCUUCCCCAAACCACGUUGUGACAUGUCUGACUAGAGACAGCUAUGCCACACACACAUUCAUACAACAGCUAAUGUCUGCGCUGACCUUGCUGGCCCGGGCACCAUCACCUGAACCAGUAGAGAGAGACUUCUACUCAGAAUUUGGGAAAAAGAAAACAGGGAAAAUGGAUAAUUAUGAACUAAUUCAUUCCAGCAGAGUAAAGUUCAUUUAUCCAAACGAAGAAGAGAUUGGCGAUCUUACUUACAUUGUGACUGAACAGAAUGACACGUCAGAAAUGCUACCAUCAUUAAAUAUUUUGCUAUAUAUCCUAGCUUUUCAUGUGAAUGCAGCAGAGGAGUCUGAACAGGAGUCUUUACUUCAGCCAAAAACGCUUAUUCUUACAAGUUCAGACUUAUUUCUGUUCAAUGAAGACUACAUCAGUUACCCUCUUCCUGAUUUUGCUAAAGAACCCCCAAAAAAAGACAAAUACCAGUUAGUGGAUGGGAGACGUAUCCGAGAUUUAGAUCGGGUAUUAAUGGGCUAUCAGACUUACCCCCAGACUCUUACAUUUGUGUUUGAUGACUCCAGUAACCAAGACCUGAUGCACAGCUUAUCUAUGGAUCAUUUUAGCGAACCUUUAAGUUCACCUGAUAUUCAGAAAUCAUGUAGGGGAACUCAAGAAGUCCAGUGGUACAUCUUUAUUCCAAGUGCAGACUGCCGUGAAAAACUGAUAUCACUCCUUGCACGACAGUGGGAGAUCCUUUGCGGUAGAGAGUUACCUUUAGAAUUGACAGGGUAAAUUAACUGAUAAUGUUAUAUAUAUUUAUUUAAACUAGCGCAGUGUUGGCUGCAAUAGGUAACAGGGCAUUGCACAUAGUUUCAAUGCUGCUUGUCCCUGGAUAUUUUAUAUGAACAUUUCUAUUUAAGCACAUAAGGCCCCUGUCUGGACAAACCAGACUGCACAUAUACCCUGCCAUAACCUACCAUUCACAAGUCGUGUCUGCAGACCAAUCUUUUCUGGUACCUUAAAUUGUUCCUUUUUUUUGUUUCACUGACUGAUUCUCAUUGGGGUAAUUCUGAGUUGAUCGCAACAGGAACUUUUUUAGCAGUUGGGCAAAACCAUGUGCACUGCAGGGGAGGCAGAUAUAACACGUGCAGAGAGAGUUAGAUUUGGGUGUGGUGAGUUCAAUCUGCAAUCUAAAUUGCAGUGUAAAAAUAAAGCAGCCAGUAUUUACCCUGCACAGAAACAAAAUAACCCAACCAAAUCUAACUCUCUCUGCAAAUGUUAUAUCUGCCCCCCCUGCAGUGCACAUUGUUUUGCCCAACUGCUAAAAAAUUUCCUGCUGCGAUCAACUUGGAAUUACCCCCAUUGUUCUAAAACAAAAAUGAUAUAUAAAUGUGAAACAGCCAUGUAUGUUCUAUCCCGUCGUGCUAAGCUACGUUUCUACAAACCAUUGACCUCUGGAAACCUGUGAGAUGCACCAAGUGUUACAGAUUUGGUAUAUCACAGUAAUUGUGCAUGCCGUAAACUCUUUAUACUACAUUGUUCUGUUGUGUGUUCGCCAGUCGGCGAAUGUCGUACAAAACUGCUGUAUUGAGCCUAUUCACAUCUUUUGUAUAUUUCACUCUGGUGACUUACAUUAUAUUUAUAUGUAACAUAUUCAUAUGCUGCCAUUAAUUGUCUAAAAUAAGCUUUUGACUUUAUAUAAAAGGUCUGAUUUUGUAGCAUUAAAAAAAAUGUAAAUAUACAAUUGUUUCCGGUUUAUGCGGGCAAAUCUAUGUAACCUGGAUGGUUUCCAAAUACAGGAUAAAUUAUUUAUAAUAGAGAUAAUUGAUUAUAGCGGAUAUUGGGAUUUUUUUCCCCCCUGGAACUGAUGGGUGGUAAUUGCUGUGUAACAUUCGUUAGGGACGUGUUCCCUUUGCAAGCCGCGCGAUUUUAGAUCAGUGCAAGCAGUAUUAUAGUGUGUAUUGUCAGCUACAAUAUAUGGUUACUGUGCUCUACUACUUCCGUUUUGUUUUUGUUAUUUUUUGAUUGCAUUCCCUCAUUAUGACACUUUACAUUACAGUAUAGCAUACAUUCCUAGUUAGGGUGGAAAUAUACCUCCAGUGGUUCAUCUUACAGUCCAGCCAAAAAGAGUAGAGGGAAAGGGGGGGGCGGGGAGAAUGGAAAUUGUGGAGUGGGGGUAGUCAUGUGGACCAAUAAGGAGCCACAGGUACUAUGGCUUCAUACUGCUCCUCAAUCCAACACCUCUCCUCUCUAUUAGUAAGGCUUGCAGCUGCUGUGGAGCUAAAGCGGAAAUGGUUGUUUUUUUAUUUGCAUUCACCUAGGCCAGUGAUGGCUAACCUUGACACUCCAGCUGUUGUUGAACUACACAU